AUGGUCAAGCGCUCACGACAAGACUCCGUCUCUUCCUCUCCAGAAGCGGCGGACUCACCAUUUAUAGCUUCCGGUUCCGCGUCGCCAGUAUCAAGCGGCGAGCCGUCACGUUCUGCGAAGUACACGCAGCUUGAUGCAGAGACCAAGCCCGUAGUGAUGCGAUGUCUGCUUCCGCCGCACCAACCGUUGACGUUUGCCUCGUAUGAGGAGUACGAUGUGCAUUACCAGAAGAGUCACGUGAACCGCUGCGCAGAGUGUCAUAAGAACUUCCCUUCUGAUCAUUACCUGGGGUUGCAUAUUGCGGAGAAUCAUGAUUCUCUGGCCGAGGCGCGAAGGGCGCGGGGGGAGAAGACCUACGCCUGCUUCGUUGAAACCUGCGACCGCGUCUGCAGCACGCCCCAGAAGCGGCGCAUGCACAUGAUCGACAAGCACCAGUUCCCGAAAUACUACGACUUCUUCAUCGUCAACGAUGGCAUCGACAGGCGCAACACCAUGCUCCGGCCCGGCCCCGGCCACCGACGGCGGAGUUCUGCGGCGCUGAUGGCAAGACAGCGAAGUAUCAGUAACGCCGCUGUUGACGGAGCUGCAGGAGUGGCGGCGGAGAAAAUGGAGGCUGAGGAGGGGAAGGAUGUGACGGCGUCGAAGGAGAAGGUGGUUGAGGGAUCUGCGCAGGGGAGUCAGGGGUCAAAAGAAGACGCACCGAAGGAGAACCUGGCGGAUGCUGCCGGUACAGAUGAUGCGAUGGAUGAUAUCACGGAGUCAAUGUCGGCGCUGAAGUUCGUGCCGCCCAGCAUCAGGUUUGGGCGCGGCAGAGGAAGGGGAGGAUUAGCACGGCGAUGA